AUGGAAACCAACGGCACGUCGGGCGUCGUUGCCAAGAUGCAGCAGGCGCUCGAGAUCGUCCAUAACCCAUACGCGACCAGCGGUGAUCGUAGGACAGCUCAAGAUUAUCUAGAGGAGGUCAAGGAUCACGAUGAAGCGCCGCUGCAAGGCUUUAACCUCGCCUCCGACAAGUCGCAGUCCCCUGUCGUCCGACACUACGCUCUCUCCUUACUCGAACAUGCGAUCCGAUACCGUUGGUCCACCUACACCACAGAACAGACACAAGCUGUGCGGCAAUGGGUCUUGAAUCUCGGCCAGGCCAUCGCGAAAGAAGACCCAGCCUAUAUACGGAACAAGACAGCCCAACUAUGGGUUGAGGUUGCCAAGAGAUGCUGGGGAGCAGAAUGGAUGGAUAUGGACUCUAUGCUGUACCAACUCUGGGAGGUUCCCGACUCAGCUGUCCACAAGGAGCUUGUCAUGUUUAUCCUCGAGAACCUCUCCGACGAGGUCUUUACUGGAGACGACUCAGUGGUGGCCAUGCGGGAAGGCGUUCUCAGCAAGGCGUGCGUCGAGAUUUUCACUCCUACCUCGGUGCUGGUCGAGGCCUUUCCCAAUCGACAGCCCGGUCCACCUGUACGAUAUGGUGACGAUGGUUGGCUGAGCCGGCUAUCCCAAUUCCUGGGUUAUUGUCUGAACUCGGCGCACAGCGAUAACGACGAAGUCAAGCUAUGCAUACACAAGGGUUUAUCUUCCCUCCUCUCACUAAUGCCCUGGGCAAUCCCUAAGGCAAUCUCUUCUGCACGUUGUGUUGAAGUUCUGUGCGUUGGUCUUGCCUCGUCACAUGCCUCCAUUCAAAAGGCUGCGCUCGAAGCUCUCCAUGCCCUUUACUGCAGAACCAACUUCAACGACGAGGAAUUCCGAGAGCUGGUAGCUCCAAUGUACAAUCGCGAGUCAAUUGACUUGUGCAGGCGACUCUUCGAAUGGUCUGCUGUGGAUCCCGAGGAUGUUGACGAGGACAAGUACCAGACACUCAAGAAGUUGUCAGAGAUGCUCUCAUGCCUGGGCGAUUAUUUUGAUAGGAAGUUCGCCAAGCUACCCGCUGAAGCCGCCAAAGACGAGUUCCUGGGACUUUUGGUCCAAAUUGUGCAACAUCAGAGCUUGAUGGUAUCGAUCCCGGUCCUCGUCACCUGGACACGACUUCUCAGUAACCGUCUCAUCGGCCCCGGCGAACAUGUUUCUCCUCUCAUCCCGCCCCUUCUAGAGACAUGUAGUUCAAGAUUGGUCCGUUACGAGAACCUGCCGGAGGAUACUCAGGAUCCCACUUUCCUCUAUCUGAUGGAGGAUACAGAUACAAUUCCCGAGCGCCACGCUUUCUUAGGCAAUUACCGCCGGUAUAGCUCCCAAAUCAUCGAAGCCGUUGUCCAGCUAAAGCUGGUAGACGCAAUCCCGCACAUUCUUAACCGUACCGAAGAACUAUUACAGCACCUCUACGAUGGUCAGCCUCCUCUGGACAAGCAGAACUAUUUCAAGCAUUCCAUGCCAGUCCUACGUGUCGAUGCGCAAUUCACUGUUAUCGAAGCUACGCUCAAGGGGUACACUAAGUGGCGUAAACACCGCCCCCAGGAUCAUCAACAACGUGGUCCAGAGAUGGAAGCGAAUUUGGAAACGUGGUGUAACAAGAUACUUGAAAUGACAUUCGAAGACCCAAUGAUCAGGAAGCGAACUUUACAGCUCCUCGUCUACUUCUCCACGACAGCUCUCAACAAGAACGCUACCUUCAUGCUCAAGGUUUUGGAGCACAUUUUGCUGACAUGGCCGGCCCUUGAGCCAGAGUAUCGCGCUUUCAAUGAUUCCAUCAAGGACCUGCAGGGCGAAAGCAUGGUUGAGUUACAGCGACUGGCUUCAGAGAUGCCAGAUCAUCUUUUGGGCGUAUACGACCAAAUCGAAAACAAGGUGAAUGAAAUGAUGUCAUCCGGUUCACUCGAUGAGAAACGCUCUAUUGCUUAUCGUAGUUUUCUGUUCAUCAUCAUACACCGAGCAACCGGCGUUAGUGCCGACGCCAAGAUUCAAAAGCUUCGUGAAUUCAUUGAUCCUGUGAAGGCGCAAUGGCAGGACGAGAACGUUCGGAACUCUUUAAAGUCAUACGGUAGCUUUUGCGAGCUGCUGGGCCUCGACAAGGCCCAGGCCUACAUGGCCAACCACCGAGCACAUGAGAUCCAUGACUGGGGCACUCGUGAGCUUGAUGCUGAAGGACUCACUCUUCAAAGCGAGCUCGAAGAACGUCUCAAGCUUCUCCCACUUCGAUCAACCAAGAGUUUCUUGGCAUUCUCGGUCGAGAGGCUCGACAAGAACUCAGAUGCUUUCAAGGCUUCGUAUGCGCUCUGGGAAGAUGGCUUUUCCAAUAUCCUAGCUGAUCUGCUCGAGUUCCUGAGCUUUGCACACGCAUGCCACAACCCCGACAACUGGGCUGGCUUGCCCAGUGAGAUGCGAUCAACAGUCAAUCGAAUCCUUAGCGAUCGAUUCUGGCAAGCUGGAAUUUCUGAGGGUAGCAAGGACGACUUUUACGCGCGUGUGAUGGACAAGAAAAACACGAUGGAGGGUCUCGCCUCAACUAUUCGCGGAUCUGUGCGUUUUGUUAGAGAAACUGCCUAUGCCAUUAUAUACUGUAUGAGCCGCCUGGAACGACAGUUUUAUGGGUUCCAAGGGCUCUCUGCACCCCUCUCCAAAGCCCUCUUCGCGGAUUCAGUCUGGUUGUCCACACACCAGCAAAGCAACUUGCUGAAUUUGGUUCGGUACUUGGUUGACGACUGCCCCGUUGACUGCCGAGAGCAUUUUCUCCCACAAGUACUGGCCGCGUGCUUCCAGCAGAUGGAUGCCAAAAUCAACGGUGAAUGGGACAAGAUGGAGCGUCAACAGCAAGUGGCUGCAGAUGGUGAGGCGGGUCUGAAGGAGGAGAUGAAGGCCGAGAGUAUCCUGCGACAAGUCACUUACACCGCAGUGUUAAUGGUGGCUGACUUUCUUGACCCAACAAAACUCAAUGGACCGAUUGAGGAUGGAGAGGGUACUUCAGACUCGGAUCAAGCAAAGAACUAUCCAACCCUUCGCAGAUUCUGUCUCACCCACCAUGAGAUUGUGGAGCCACUGCUUGUUUUUUGCGCCCAUGGAAUUCGAAUGCGGGAUACUCGGUGUUGUAGCAUGAUCCUACGCUUGUUCGUGUCGUUGGUUCCCGAGUUUCAUCUCGUGGAUGGCCAAUUGCCCAAGUCAGUGGUCCAAAGCCCGAUGGAAGCACAUCUUGCGUCAGACAAGUUCCCCAUCCCCUCUUCAAUCUCGUCGGCUAUCCGAGAAUACAUCUCGCUUCAUGUGCUGAAGGCUUGUAUUACGUCGUUUCAUGAGCCUUACUUUGUGGAACUCCAAAAGGACCUGGCUGCAUUGAUUGCCGCUAUUAUUGUCUACUACAGCCCUAUCACGUCGACUCCCAGCGAUGUGCUGCUCUCGUUGCCCAACGUGAGCGAGUCAAGUCUUGAACGGCUAUCGACGUAUAUGGCCAAGCCCGGCGCUCAUACUCGCCAGCAGCGAGCCCUUGUAUUGGAUCUUCUGAAAGAUCUAAAGGGCGUCAGUGUAUCCGAGAUGGGCAAGCUCCCGAAGAGCAAUGGCCUAAGGGCCUAA